UGAGGCGCAAGGCAGCACCCGGUCGGCCGCACGCGCCCCCGGCCUCCCCCCGCCCGCGCGCGGACCGGCCCAGCGUAGCCCCCGCGCGGGGAGCGCGGGCCGGGCCAGGGCGAGAGCGAUGCCGCGGUGACGGCCCCGCCAUGGCGAAGCCGGCGGCGGCGGCGGCGUCGGCGUCGGCGUCGGAGGAGCUGAGCCAGGUGCCGGACGAGGAGCUACUACGCUGGAGCAAGGAGGAGCUGGCGCGGAGGCUGCGGCGCGCCGAGGGCGAGAAGGUGGGCCUCAUGCUGGAGCACGGUGGCCUGAUGCGCGACGUGAACCGGCGGCUGCAGCAGCACCUGCUGGAGAUCCGCGGCCUCAAGGACGUGAACCAGCGGCUGCAGGACGACAACCAGGAGCUGCGCGAGCUCUGCUGUUUCCUCGACGACGACCGGCAGAAGGGGCGCAAGCUGGCGCGCGAGUGGCAGCGCUUCGGACGCCACGCGGCCGGCGCCGUGUGGCACGAGGUGGCUCGCUCGCAGCAGAAGCUGCGCGAGCUCGAGGCGCGCCAGGAGGCCCUUCUGCGCGAGAACCUGGAGCUCAAGGAGCUGGUGUUGCUGCUGGAUGAGGAGCGCGCGUCGCUAGCGGCGGCGGGGGGCGCGGGCGGUGGAGGCGGCGGUGCGGGCUCCCGCAGCUCUAUCGACAGCCAGGCCAGCCUGAGCGGGCCUCUGGCGGGGGGCGCGGCGGGCGCAGGGGCCCGCGACGUGGGCGACGGCAGCAGCACGUCGAGCGCGGGCAGCGGCGGCAGCCCGGACCACCAUCACCACGUUCCACCCCCACUGCUGCCCCCCGGGCCGCACAAGGCCCCCGACGGCAAGGCUGGAACUACGCGUCGGUCCCUGGACGACCUGUCGGCGCCACCGCACCACCGCAGCAUCCCCAACGGCCUGCACGAUCCCUCGUCCACGUACAUCAGGCAGCUGGAGACCAAAGUGAAGCUGCUGGAGGGUGACAAGCUCCUCGCACAGCUGCCCCGUCCUUAUGGCCACCCGAGAAGCUGGCUCCAGCAGGCCGGCUCUGGGGAGUUCCGGACGCUGAGGAAAGGCUUCUCCCCAUACCACUCGGAGUCCCAGCUUUCGUCCUUGCCACCUUCCUACCAGGACUCGCUACAGAAUGGCCCGGCCUGCCCUGUUCCUGAGCUGCCCUCACCAUCCCCUGCUGGCUAUAGUUCUGCAGGACAGAAGCCUGAGGCUGUUGUGCACGCCAUGAAGGUCCUAGAGGUACAUGAGAACCUGGACCGGCAGCUCCAGGACAGCUGCGAGGAAGACCUGAGUGAGAAGGAGAAGGCCAUUGUUCGAGAGAUGUGCAACGUGGUCUGGAGAAAACUGGGAGAUGCUGCCAGUUCCAAGCCCUCCAUCCGGCAGCACCUGUCUGGGAACCAGUUCAAGGGGCCUUUGUAGGGCCAUUCUUCCAAGGACAUGGGCUGGCUCUGCCUGGAUUCCCAGGGAGAGUUCAUGCCCCAGACAUGGGCAGGACCUCUGGCUGAGCCACUGUCUUCUUCCUCUUUGGUGAAGUGUACAUAGGAUGCUGCCUGCCCUGGCCUGGCUGCUGUGGGUCUCACAUGCAGCCAGGCCUCCAUCUGCUGCCUCACCACACCAGCAAACUGGGAGGAUGAGAAGCUACCGACCAUUCACUGCAGCAGAGCGGCCUCCAUGAAGAGAGGCUGAAGGCCCAGGGAUGUCCCAAGCUUCUCUGUCCUGCUCUCCACCCCCAAAUGUCACCUACACUGGACAGAGGCCACUGGAUCCUCAUGCAGGGGCACCACUUAUUGCCUGCCUGCUGUGGCCUGGCCCCCAGCUCACCAAGAACUGGGUUCCCUUUGUCAUGGAUGAAGAAACUUGCUGGUCCAUGGCUGGUUGGAGGCUGCUUUGGGAUCUCAGCCUCUUCCUCUAACAUAGCUCUGGGAGCCAGGGCCCCUCACUGCCUGGGGAUCCGUCCUCAGCUGUCCUGAUGUCAUCUGCUGCUUGUUUUUAGAGCUCAUCAGCCCUCACCUCCCCAACACACUCUGCAAUGUCCCCCCCACUCUGCCAGGUUGUGCCCCAUCUUUCUGUGUUCCUUCAGCCCAGUGUCCGGGGCACAUUCCUUUCUGUGGUUUUCAUGAUAGGCCAGCUACAUAGGAAGGUCCUAUGGAGAGUUUCUGGAGAGCCACACAAGACUAUCUUUGGAUGGGUAGCACUGGGUCACAGCUGGGCCUUUAGUUGGCUGUGGCCUCUCCUAGGGCCCAGACACAGCCUGGGUCACUGUUGAUGGAGCUGUCACAGCCACAGUUGACAAAAGUUUUGUUCUCCCUGAGAAGGGAGGAGUCUCCCGACCUGGUUCUGGCUUUAAUUUGCUGUAUGACCUUCAACAAGUUACUCAGCCUCUCUGGACCCCUGGUGGAAAAAUGGGGUCUCUGAUGUUCCUUUCCACUCUUCUCCCAGUUCAAGGCCAUCCAUUUCCAGAUGGCCUGGGUCCUCAUUCAGACAAGCUGAUGGGAUCAAUCUGCUGGAGAGGUACUGGGCAGGUGGGCUGGGCAGAGCUGAAGCCCAAGUUGAGCUUUGCUGCCUCACUAUCCCAUCAAAAGUAGUUACUUUCCCCUCUGAGCCUCAGUGUCCUCAGCUAUAGAAUGGGCAGCAUAAGGCCCUCCUUACAGGGCUGGGGGUCACAUGACACCAAUAGUGUAAAAGACCUGUAAAGACUAUCAAGUGUAAUAGGUAACUUUUUGAGUGCAGGGAGAAUGAGGCCCAGAGUGGCUAAGUGAUCUAUGGCACAUUAGAAAUGAGAUCCCAGAACCUGUGAGAUAGGGACAGGCCACUUUCCUGACAUCGGUGAAUGCCCUUGUGGCAGCCUCUGGCAUCCACAUGUGCUUUAUCCAGCUUGUCCACCCAUCAGACUCCUACACUCUCCCAGUGGUGCUUAGAGCUUCAUGCUGCAGCACUUGAAGAGCCUAAAGAGGUUGUCUUCCUAUUAGCUGGUCUCAUAUAGGCCCAAGUAAAAGAUAAGGACCCAAGCAAGGGGCGAGAAAUGGCUUUUCUCUUUCUCUCCCCAGCUGAGGAAUUUAUUCUGAGCAUUUCCUUCUGGUGUCUGCCGUCAGCGUCCUUGGGUCGCACACUCUCAGGAGAAAGGCUUGCAGCCCUCACUGUGCCCAGGGAGUGCUGAGUGGGUGUUGGUCAUGGGCAUGGGCAUGGGCAUGGUUCUUGCUCAGAGUGUUAUCAGAGGCUCUUUGGGGUCUUUAGGGGUGUGUGACCUGAAGCUGGAUGACCAUCUGCUGCUCAUACCAGGUAAUUCCUGCCCAAGUGGGCAGGUGAACCAGGGAGAGGAGAGUAGGCCCCUUCUGGAUCUUGGAGUCCAAAGAAUCACAGAGCAGCCUGGGUGGGGGUGGGUUCAUUUUGGGUGGGGACUGAGUCUGGAGCCCACAUAAGUCCUAUUUGGAUCAGGUUGGCUUGGCCACCACUGAAAUAAGCAAUAAGUAAAGGCUCUUGGCGCCUGCAGUUCUGCAAUUUAGCCAAGGGAAUAGCAGCAUUGAAGCGACCUUUUCCCUCUGAAGGGAAGUGACCCCUUCCCUAAUGCUGCAUUGGCAUUCAGGGAUCAGUGGAGCAUUUCUUUGAGAACCCUCUUGCCUGUGAUGCCCCUGAGCCAACACAGCAGCAUUGGGAUGGUUUUCUAGGACAGUAUUCUGUGACAGUCGUAUCUCAGACAUACCAUACUAGCUGAUUAAAAAAGCCAGCAGUGACUCCGACCCUCUAUUUCUGGAUAUAUAAAUGGCAGUUGCAAAGAGCAGAGCCACAAGCUGGAGAGGGUCAGAUGGGGCCUCCCAUAGGGGGACUUUGAGGAGGAGUACAGCUCAGUGUGACUUCUGGCUCUGCUACUAGCAGGGUGACACCUCCCUUCUGGAGCCUUAGCUCUGAAAGCGCCUGGUGGGGUGUCCUUUCAGAAGCCACUUACAUUUCCAAUGCUCCGAUUCCGGAUCUUGAAGUCCAGCACUUGGCUUCAGGUCCCACUGUGAUGAAAUGUACCCUUCCAGCCUCACCCAGGUGGCCCAGCCAUCCUGGAGUCCUAUCUGCUGAGCACAUUUUAUAGGGUGGCACAUUUUUAUUCAAAAGUUAUUAGCUACACACCAGUGUUUAAAGAAGAAAAAGUGACCUUUCAUUUUUUUUUUCUUGAAACUUGAGAGCAAACAAAAUACAUACUACUGAUUUUUUUUUUAAAGAAACUAAAUGCAUGACUGCAGAGUGGUAGAGGUGUAUAUUUUUCAUACUGUGGAGGAGGGGGGGGAAGUAUUUGUGCUGCUUUUUGGAGAUGGGCUGGAACGUCUGGUUUCUGUCCCCAGGCCUGGCAGCUAUGCUCUAUUUUCUGUAGAAGGUGACUGCAGUGAGACCUGGGGCCACCCCUCCCACCCCAGUGUUGCGCAGUCAGGAACCUGGGGACUCUUGGCCCGUUCCUACCUUCUAUUGAACCACUUUGAUUUGGGGAGAGAAAAAGACAUAGAACUUUUUGAUAGUGUGGCAAAAACACUGAUUUGAACUAUUUUAGUAAAAGGAGUAACAAAAAGGAUUGUGAUAGUGUAUACUUUUGAGCUAGAUAAAUAAAGGCCUCUUUGCGAGCCUCCUG